GCCGGCGCGGGGCACUGUGGGGCGGGCAAUGGCGUCGCCCGGGUGCUGAGGCGAGAGGCGGCCCGGGCUCCGAGCUCCUUUCCGGACCGGCGACGCUCUGGCUGCCGCCGCCUCCCGCUCCCCCGGCCCGGGGGUGGCGAUGGGCGACGGUGCCGCGGCCUGCGCGGAAGGGGCGGCGGCGGAGGAGGCCUCGCUGCACCGGCUGGCGGGGCUGGAGCCCGAGGGGCAGGUGGGCGGCCUGGUGCUGAAGAAACGCGGCGCGGCGGCGGCGGGUGGCGGCGAGCAGCACGUCUUCAAGCGGCCCGCCCCGCGCACCUCCCUGCUGGGCCUCGACCUGCUGGCCGCCCAGAAGCGCCGCGAGAGGGAGCGCGAGGCCGGCGACGGGAAGCGCGUCCGCCUCCCCACCGACAACGACGGGCCCGGCGGCGGCAAGGACGCCUCCGCCCAGGAGCAGCGGCAGGACCGGGACCGGGAUCGGGACGGCGCCGAGCAGGAGGGCGAGGGCGCCGCAUCCGGGCGCAGCAGCCGCAAGGACAGACAUUAUCGUUCAGCCCGGGUAGAGACGCCGUCCCACACCGGGGGUGUCAGCGAGGAGUUCUGGGAGCGCAGCAGGCAGCGGGAGCGGGAGCGGCGCGAACAGGGAGUCUAUGCCUCUUCCAAGGAGGAGAAAGAGCGGAAAAGAGACCACGGGCGGGAGCGGGACCACGAGCGCAAGCGGGACCGAGACGAGCGGGAGAGAAGCCGGCACAGGAGCAGCAGUCGGUCUGAGAAGGAUGGCUCCUCGGAGUGGAGCAGCGCUCGGAGGAAUGAGCCAGACAGCCCUCGGCAUCGACCCAAAGAUGCGGCUACGCCUUCCCGUUCCAGUUGGGAAGAGGAGGAUAGUGGCUACAGUGGUUCACGCCGCUCCCAGUGGGAGUCUCCCUCUCCGGUGCUCUCCUGUCGAGACUCUGAACGAAGUCACCGGGCAGCAGCAACCCGGGAUAGUGACAGGCGUGACCGUGACCGGUCUGUGAGAAGUAAAUAUCCCGAGGAGACGCCAUUGCCAACUCCAUCCUACAAAUACAAUGACUGGGCUGACAAUCAACAAGUUUUGGGUGCACCACCCUGGCUUUCGAGGGGCAGAGGGAGGCGUGAAGAGGGAGAGGAUGGUAUUGCCUUUGAAACAGAGGAGGAACGGCAGCAGUGGGAAGAUGACCAGCGACAAGCGGACCGGGACUGGUAUAUGAUGGAUGAGGGCUACGAUGAGUUCCAUAACCCUCUGGCUUCUUCAUCUGAAGAAUAUGUCAGGAAGCGGGAGCAGCACCUGCAGAAGCAGAAACAAAAGCGCAUCUCUGCUCAGCGCAGGCAGAUUAAUGAGGACAACGAGCGCUGGGAGACUAAUCGUAUGCUGACCAGUGGUGUGGUGCACCGCUUGGAGGUAGAUGAAGACUUUGAGGAGGACAACGCUGCCAAGGUUCACCUCCUGGUUCACAACCUGGUGCCUCCUUUCUUGGAUGGGCGCAUUGUCUUCACCAAACAGCCGGAGCCAGUCAUUCCCGUCAAGGAUGCCACUUCAGACCUGGCACUCAUUGCCCGCAAGGGCAGUCAACUUGUGCGCAAGCACCGGGAGCAGAAGGAGCGCAGGAAGGCCCAGCACAAGCAUUGGGAGUUGGCAGGCACCAAGCUGGGGAACAUCAUGGGCAUCAAGAAGGAGGAGGAGGAGGAGGGAGCAAGCCAGGUCUUGGCAGAGGACGGCACAGUGGAUUACAGGACAGAGCAGAAGUUUGCUGAUCACAUGAAAGAAAAGAGUGAAGCCAGCAGUGAGUUUGCCAAGAAGAAGUCAAUUGUGGAGCAGAGGCAGUACCUGCCAAUCUUCGCUGUGCAGCAGGAGCUCCUGACGGUCGUUCGGGACAACAGCAUUGUGAUUGUGGUGGGAGAGACAGGCAGUGGCAAAACCACGCAGCUGACACAAUACCUGCAUGAGGACGGGUACACUGACUAUGGCAUGAUUGGCUGUACGCAGCCCCGCCGGGUGGCUGCUAUGUCAGUGGCCAAGCGAGUUAGUGAGGAGAUGGGUGUGAGCCUGGGUGAAGAGGUGGGCUACGCGAUUCGUUUUGAGGACUGCACUUCAGAGAAUACUGUGAUCAAGUACAUGACUGACGGGAUCUUGCUGCGCGAGUCUUUGCGUGAGGCGGAUCUUGACCACUAUAGUGCCAUCAUCAUGGACGAGGCGCAUGAGCGCUCCCUCAACACGGACGUGCUUUUUGGCCUCCUGCGUGAGGUUGUGGCCCGGCGCUCGGACCUAAAGCUGAUUGUCACCUCAGCCACCAUGGAUGCAGAGAAAUUUGCUGCUUUCUUCGGAAAUGUCCCCAUAUUCCAUAUCCCUGGCCGGACUUUUCCCGUAGAUGUCCUCUUCAGUAAGACCCCGCAAGAAGACUACGUGGAGGCAGCAGUGAAGCAGGCCUUGCAGGUGCACCUGUCGGGUGCUGCAGGAGACAUCCUCAUCUUCAUGCCUGGCCAGGAGGAUAUUGAGGUCACCUCAGAGCAAAUUGUGGAACAGCUGGAGGAACUGGAGAAUGCCCCUGCGCUGGCCGUGCUGCCCAUCUACUCCCAGCUGCCCUCGGACCUGCAGGCCAAGAUUUUCCAGAAGGCCCCAGAUGGAGUCCGGAAGUGUAUAGUGGCCACCAACAUUGCAGAGACUUCCCUGACGGUUGAUGGGAUCAUGUUUGUGAUAGACUCUGGCUACUGCAAGCUGAAGGUCUUUAACCCACGGAUUGGCAUGGAUGCCCUGCAGAUCUACCCAAUCAGCCAGGCCAAUGCUAACCAGCGCUCGGGCAGAGCUGGGAGGACUGGCCCCGGCCAGUGUUUCAGGCUGUACACUCAGAGCGCCUACAAGAAUGAGUUGUUGACCACUACCGUGCCAGAGAUCCAGCGUACAAACCUGGCCAAUGUGGUGCUUCUGCUGAAGUCCCUGGGGGUGCAGGACCUUCUGCAGUUUCACUUCAUGGACCCCCCUCCAGAAGACAACAUGCUCAACUCCAUGUACCAGCUGUGGAUCCUUGGGGCACUGGACAACACAGGAGGGCUGACGUCGACAGGCCGCUUGAUGGUGGAGUUCCCCCUGGAUCCAGCCCUAUCCAAGAUGCUGAUCGUCUCCUGCGACAUGGGGUGCAGUUCGGAGAUCUUGCUCAUCGUCUCCAUGCUCUCCGUCCCGGCCAUCUUCUACCGGCCCAAGGGCCGGGAGGAAGAGAGUGACCAAGUCCGGGAGAAGUUUGCUGUUCCGGAGAGCGAUCACCUGACUUACCUGAACGUGUAUCUGCAGUGGAAGAACAACAGCUAUGCCACACUGUGGUGCAAUGAGCAUUUCAUCCAUGCCAAGGCCAUGCGCAAGGUGCGGGAAGUGCGUGCUCAGCUGAAGGACAUUAUGGUGCAGCAGCGCAUGAGCUUGGCUUCCUGUGGCACGGACUGGGACGUCAUCCGCAAGUGCAUCUGUGCUGCCUACUUCCACCAGGCUGCCAAACUGAAGGGCAUUGGGGAAUACGUCAACAUCCGCACAGGAAUGCCCUGCCAUUUGCACCCUACCAGUUCACUUUUUGGCAUGGGCUACACGCCAGACUACAUUGUCUACCAUGAGCUUGUAAUGACCACCAAGGAGUACAUGCAGUGUGUCACAGCUGUGGAUGGUGAGUGGCUGGCUGAGCUGGGCCCCAUGUUCUACAGCAUCAAGCACGCUGGCAAGUCACGGCAGGAGAGCCGUCGGCGGGCCAAAGAAGAAGCAUCUGCCAUGGAAGAAGAGAUGGCGCUGGCAGAAGAGCAGCUCCGUGCCCGCCGAGAGGAGCGAGAGCGCCGCAAUCCAAUGGGCAGUAUCAGGUCAACAAGGAUCUACACCCCUGGGCGGAAGGAGCAGGGCCAGCCUGGGACACCUCGACACACCCCUGCUCGCUUUGGCCUGUAGCCUGUACAUAAGUCGCUGCUGUGCUCGGUUGGGCAGGGCCCAUCUUGGGGGGGCGGGGACACAGAAAUAAUUUUAUUGUUUAUAUAAACA